AGUCGUUUCCAGCAGGGGCUCCAAACAUGGCCCGAUGGACGAACCGUGCCAAACCUAGACGAAAAAGUCAAGGACAUUGGCCGCCCGCGUGCCUGCAGGUGGGACAUUGACAGAGCAAUGUUCAACCCCAUCAUCUUCCAGGCGCCGCGGGCCUCCUACAACAAGAGCUCCUUUCCGCGGAACCUCUGCACCAUCCCAUGGAAUCCGAUGAUCUCACCAGAACGCACGGGCCCGGGGGUGCCGUGCCUGUGGUUCCCGGCGCCGAAAGCGGCGACGGUGGUCAUGUACUUCCAUGCGAACUCGGAGGACAUCGGCACCGCUUUUCACUUUGUGAAGCACAUGCGGGACCAAUUCAAGGUGAAUGUCAUCUCAAUUGAGUAUCCGGGCUAUGGCCUUCUACAGGGCAUCGAGCCCAAUGAAGAGACCAUUUUCGAAGUGGCCUUGACAGUCUUUAGAUAUCUGGUGGACGAGCUACGCGUCUCGUACUCCUCAGUGAUCGUCUUUGGGCGCUCCUUAGGCAGCGGCCCAGCGAUCUUCCUGGCCUCCCAGUAUCCCUUGGGCGGCAUGAUCUUGGUUUCGCCCUUCAUCUCCAUCCGAGCAGCUGCCCGACACAUCGGCGGGCGCCUGGUGGCUUUCAUGUUUAGCAAUGUCUUCCAGAACCACCGGAGGAUCGUGAAUGUCUCUUGCCCAGUGCUUUUCAUCCACGGGGCCAGCGACAGCCUGAUCCCUGUGGAACACUCCAAGACGUUGUUCGGCGUGUGCCGCUCGCGCAAGCUCCUGGUGACACCGGCGAAGAUGGAUCACAAUAGCAGCAUGUUUAGCGAUCCGAACUCCUUCGCCGUGCCGGCCAUCCACUUCUUCGGCUUCCCAGGCUGGCGCACCUUGACGCCACCCUUCAUGCCCUUCGAUCUCUUCGAAGCGCAUAAGAGCGACGAGCCCGCACUGAGAGAAGCAGCAGGCAAGAAAGGGGAGGGCCCUGAGUCCUGGCUCUACAACUGCUGCGGCAAGCUCUCGGAGGAAGCGAGUGACCAAGUCCUGGUGCGGCAGGAGAAAACCCUCCAGGAAGAGUGCGUCCAAAACGACUAUGUUUGAAACGUCCGCUGAGGGCGCCUUGGCGCGACAGGGUGACCGCUCGAUGAAACGCACCUGAGUCAGAGAGAGGGUCUUGCAAAGCCAAGGACUACGAAGAAGUCGUUGGACCUUCCAGCGUUCUUGAAUUCCAGGG